UAUCAUUUAAUAAAACAUCUACAGCAUACAAAACUCAGAUCUCUGAGAAACCGGACUCCCUUAGAGAGAUCAUAAAGAGAUAUUACCACAGUGAUUAGCUUUAGAGCUCGUUGACACGGACGUGAAGUGUUUUUUUUUCUUUCUCAGUUUCGCGGUGGACAGAGAUCAUAAGGCAGUGAGGGGCAGAUUCAGGGGAGGGACGCCAGCAGCAGCAGCAGCAGCUCCCGGUCUCACCGCUCACACACAGGGAAGAAGACACAGGGCUGACACUGAUGGUGCUGUGCAUCUGAUAAAAACAAACUAACGGGAGAACAAACCUGAAAUUUGAGGGGAAACAGCACUGGGACAAUAUGCAGAUGUCAGAAUCAGGCUCACAGCAGGAAAGGCUCCAGGCUAUUGCAGAAAGGAGGAAAAGACAGACAGAAAUUGAGAAUAAGAAAAGACAACUAGAGGAUGACCGACGACAGCUUCAGCACCUUAAGUCAAAGGCACUGAGGGAAAGAUGGCUGCUAGACGGUGCGCCCUCUGCAGGACCGGAGGAAGACGAGACCACAAAACAGUUGCGGGAAGACGAGGCCAAAACCAGAGGUCUUGAGGAGACCAUUCUUAGACUGGAAAGAGAGCUGGAAGUGCUAGAGACAGGUUUGUCUGCAACAUCCACCAAAGAGAACCUGUCAGACGCAGUACAGGAAGUCAACACCAUGACAGUAGAGAAAAUGGUUGUGGCAGACUCUGUAAAAUCUGUAAAAGAGGUCAAAGUUCACGUCAGCCCUCGUCUGGAGAAAUCCGGAGGUGUCUCUGACAUGAUGAGAGCAGCGAUGUACUCCGUAGAGAUCACUGUUGAGAAGGACCUGGUGACUGGAAAGACCAAAGUCCUGUCCACUAACACACUGCUCCCCAAAGAGCUCUCGAUGCAGGGGGUCAAGGUCUAUGAGGAUGAACAGAAAGUGGUGCAUGAAGUGCGCAGUGUGGACGGCGCAGUAACCAAUGGCGUUCACCAGCUCAGCUCUUCCGAGGUGGAUGAGCUCCUCCACAAAGCUGAUGAAGUGACCAUGAGCGAGAGCGGCAAGACUACACCACGACUGGAGCGAGGGCAGGCCGAGAAAGUUGAGAAGGUUGAGAAAGACGUAGUCCCAGGUGCAGCCGGCUCCACCCCCGUAAUGGAGAUCACCGGCGUAGAACCGAAACCCGCAACACCUCAGACAGAAGUGGGCGGGGCCAGUGCGGAGAACCCAGUUACGAUGGUUUUCAUGGGUUACCAGAGCGUGGAGGACGAGGACGAAACAAAGAAGGUUUUGGGGCAGGAAAGCACGACUGUGAAGGCCGAGGUGGUCGUCAUAGAGGAUGGAGAUGCCAAGACCACCAGCAGUGACACCAUGCAGGAGCAGGCACCUUCUAACGGCAGCCCAGCAGAGCCACCGAAGGCUGAAGAGGCGGCGGGAGAGUCGGGACAGCCAGAAGGGGGCGCUGCUGAGGUCAAGAGCAAGGAGAAACAACCCUGCAAGUGCUGCGUAAUCAUGUGAGCCUAAACGCACCCUCCCAAACAUGGACUUUGCUGAUGAAAUGCAACAACAUACAGAGAGAACAAUAGCAAGGCAAAGAAUAAACAUUCACAAUCUUUUGAUAGAAGCUGUUGUUUCUUUAAUUGAUUUUGACCUGUUUUAUAUUUUCUAUAUUGCUUGAUCCUUUCCCCUUGAUACUCUCUAACCUCAUUUAAAUUUGAUGCGUUUAGUUUUUUUUUUCUGGUUUUAUUGUGGCUGAAAUGAAUCACGUCGUAUGCGCUCCUAUGAGAAAAGUCUGAAGAUUAAAGACCCUUUAACUGAACUGAACCGAUCGGUAUCCAGCAAGCCUCUUAAAUCCUAAAGUCCUACCAUAAAGGGAUGAAUUAUCUUACAUAAUUACAUAAUAUAUAUGACGUCAUGAUUUGUUUUUGAAAGAAAUAUUUAUUUUAGUUGAGUUCCCUUUGUGCAAAGCAUUUUCACUUUUGCAUAAAAGAAAACAUUUUUACAUAUUUAUUACUGAUGAAGCUGUGAUAAGUAUUUCAAUUAUUAUCAUUUUGGUUUUCUCAACUAGGAAUAAAACCAUGGGAUUGAGAGAGCGCUCUCCGCCUUUGUUUAGAAAUGAAUUUUAAAUGAUUUUGGGGUUAAAUACACGUUAAGCUCUCUAUUGAUAUAGAUAAUUGUUUUGACUCAUUCCUCAGUUUAUAAUGAAAAAAAAAUAUGUUUACAAAAAUUGGAAGUUUGUAUUUUAUUAUUAUUAUUAUUAUUAUUCCUGAGCUGUUGUCUAAAUCAUUCUGUAAAUCCUUGCUGGCUUUACAUGGUCUUGACAGGAGCACAUGGACUACUGUUCAAAUGUUUGGGGUCGAUAAGAUUUUUUUAAUGUUUUUGAAGGAAGUCUCUUUUGUUCACCAAGGCAGCAAAAAUACAGUAAAGCAGUGAUAUUGUAUAACAGUAAUAUCACAAUUUUAAAAAACUGGCGUGUAUUUUAAAAUCUAAUUUAUUCCUGUGAUAGUAAAGGUGCUUAAUAUUUUUG